AUGACGACCUCCAGCACCGUCUCGACGCCCUGCUCGCGGCCGCCACCGGAGCCUCCGCUGGUGCGCACAACUACCGAGCAGCGCCUGGAUGCACGCCGACGCUCAGUAACUAAAAUUACUGGACGCAAGCUCCGUGUGCCGCGUAAAUUCGUGGUCACCGACGUGCCCGACACGCCUGAGGAGCCCCGAGAGGACGACGAAGAAGACAACAACAACAAUAACAACUACGAAGACCUAUCGGCCUCCAGCUCGUCCGUGCGCAAGGGUAAGACGCAAGUCAGAGGUCGCUUCACCAUCACUGAUCUGUCCCCGGAAUCGCCUGAGGCGUCACCUGAGCGGGAAGACCUAUCGGUGUCGAUGGGGCCGACGCCCUCGCGCGCCCUCGAGGCCCCGCGACGACAGGCGUCCAGGAGAAUGUCAACUCGGAAGCCAUUCCAGUCAGCGGGCGACGUCCGCUCCUCAGUCGGUCUGACGAAGGCGAGGCUUUCUCUACAUCAGCAACAGCAGCAACAACAGGAAGCACCGGCAUUUGCGUCUUUCCAACGGCCCGCGGCGUCUUCGCCUUCGUCGCGUUCCAUGCGCGCGACGUCGCCGGCCCGACCGAUGAGCAACCAGAUCACCCACCAGAACAACAACCAGAGCCAGACGGUGUUUGACCACCACUUGGAGUUCCUGGAGAAGGAGACGCACGAGAUGAAGUCUGUUCUGGAGAAGAUGGUGGCUACUAAUGCCCAAUGGAUCGAGGCUCUGACCUCUGCUGGACUUGUCCACAGUGCGCCUAGAUUAAGCGAGGCCUCUAUUUCGGAACCAGUGACCCCUGUGGAGACGCCCCUGGAAAAGAAGUACCGUGAAGUCGAGAAGGCGUACACGGAGCUGCAGGCCAAGUACGAAGAUGUGUGUCAGAAGAGCGAGCGCCUAGAAGUGAAGAACGCCAUGCUGGAGAUCCGUCUUCAGCAGCAGAUCAACCGCUCGACGAUGCUACGAUCGCAGCUUGACAAGCUGACUCAGUACACGGAGAACCUGAUUGGCGAGUCAUCGGAGCCAACGCUGCACGACUACAAUUCGGACUUGACCUCGAUCUUUGGCGAGCAAUCAGAGGCGCAUUCUCCCACUGCGGAUGAGAUGACGAGUGGCGGCGAGUAUGGCUUUAAUUAUGACGUGGUGAAGUCCCGACGGCAACGUUGGCGUGGCGUGGAUGAAGAAUGCAUGUCGGACACGAGCACCGAGGGCGAGUCGGUGAGGAAAACCUCGUCGCCUCCGCCUUACGAGCAGGAUGAUGGCAAUAACCGGUACUUCAGCGACGUGGAGCUCACAACUGCAGACCUCACCGACCUCACCUCUAGCAACAACAACGACAGCUCUACAGCUCUGGACUCGCUGCUGGAUGCUCAGUGCAGCCAACUGCGUCAGUCUCUGCGCUCGAAGGACAGGGCGGAUGGUGAUGAUCACGUGUCUGUGAUUGAAUCGCUGGAUUCGCUGGCUGUGUGUCCAUCGGUCACCAACUGCGACGAGUACGAGGGAGACAAUCAGAUUGGCCACUUAGGACCGCUGUCGAAUGGACUGAAGUCCGAUCUGCUGGAGCACAGCAACUCUGUAGCUUCACUCAACUACUCGACAGUAUCGUCAACCUCGUCGUUAGCUGGCUAUGGUCUCCACUUGGCAACCAUGGCCCAGUCCAAGUCUGGAUACUACGCCAGUGUGGCUGCUACCAGCUUGUUUGGUCCACACCCGGAGCCGUACCCGACCGCCUCGAAUCAGCAGAACACCCGACAGGAUGACGACACGGUGUACAACGUUCUUAGCCCGGAGAACCUUCGUUUCCACGACUGCCAGUCUCUACUUCAAGCCGCCGAAGAGAGGAACGCACAAACGUCAGCCACGCGACGUGGGUUCCCCUUUACGACGAGGAAGAAGGCCCAUUCUUUGCCGGGGGCGAAUGAAGUUCCCGAGCGGACACAAUCGACUGGCAGCUUGUUCCAGCGGUUUGCUGUGCGGCGGCGAUAG